CACAGCAAAGAAAUUUAUUUCAGGAUGUUGGCAAUGCCGAUAGUUGUUGACGAUGAUCGAUAUCACCCCUCGUUACAGCCGUAUAUCAUUUCAACGUUUCCUCAUACAAGAAAAAUCGAUGCCGAAGAAAAUGCGGAGUAGAAGCAUAUCGUUAAGGAAACUGGCGAGUUCUGAUGGGGGUGGUAACAAAAACCAAAGUAUCACGUCAGCGAAAACGUCAAUGCUACCGAGAAACCGUCGACUUCCACAGAAAACCUUAACCUCCAUACUAAAUCAGAGACGAAAUUUUCGCGUGAUACAAGACGAUGUUGACGUAACGCCUAAAAAUUUAACUCACGCCGUUUAUCAUGAGAUCGAAGAACAUCACCUAACAGCCUUCGACACAAUCGGUUUGGGCCAGGGCUCAAGUAACACCCAACUCUUUUCUCAAUCUUCGGGAUCUCAGUAUGGAAAUUUGAAAACCACUUCCUCCCUCAUAAUCAAGUCCAGCUCGAUUCACAUGCAGCAGACUCAGCUUAUGGAUGAAUUUACUAUAGAUGGGAGUCUAAUAUCCGGUACUCUUUUGUCCAUUACGGAUGAAGACAGAGCUCCAUCACAGUUUUAUCUGCCCAGGUACGAUUUGGGUCUUAUUCGUGUCCAUCCAGAAAAAGUGAACAUAAUUCUGCAAGAGACAGAUGUAUUUUUCUUAUUCGAGUUACCGCAGUUAACUGUUGACGUAUCAUCAGAGGAGGGCUUAGCAGUAAAGCAAACGAAUGAAGAGUAUGAGUACAUCACCGUAGGUCCGGGGUCGAACAGAAAAUUGGCCAAUGCUGAAGCCCAAACGCCAUGUGUCUAUCGUAAGAAUAGAUCUACAUAUCUAGCUAGAACAAAGCGAAGGAAUCAAGGAAAUAUGGUGAAUAACUGGAUCAUGUAUGAUACUUUCGAAAAAUUGAAUACCUCGAAAUCUGAGGGUCCAAUCUUCAUUCAGUUGGAAGAGACAAGACAAAAGGCCCUAGAAAAAAAGAUUAGUCCAACGAAGUUACCGCAGAUCGAGGAAAGCAGUGAACAACGGACGCUAGAAAUGCAAUUGGCGCAGCUGGCCGAACAGACUGACUUUUUAGAUUCAGCUACAAUCGUGGAGCGUAUGGUAGCCAGCAACCUCUACAUAGUAGCUCAAAAACGAUUCAAAGGAAUAAUAAAACAAGACCCGUACAGUCCUGAACUGCAAUUCACGUACAGUUUAGAUUUCUUGUGGUCUUUUGCAUCUGAACACAGCGCGGGAUACAACGUGGCUUGUUUUUGUUGGAACUACGUUAACAAAGACGUUCUGGCUGUAGGCUAUGGGCCAAUUGAAAACCAGGAAAACCAUCAAGGACUUGUAAUGAUAUGGACAGCGAAAAACCCGCACAGGGCUGGCCGAUGGCAUUACUUCAAUAGUCCGGUUUCCGCUCUUGACUGGAGUCGAAACCGGCCAAAUCUCUUGGCGAUUGGAUUUUACGACGGUGUACUGCAGGUCAUCGAUGUCAGCAAUAAGCAUUUGGUCAUCAUGCGUUGUAGCAGCAGAUCAAGCUCGCCUUCGUACGCACCGCACUGGCAAGUGCAAUGGUGGCCGGGUGAAGACGAGGUUAUGUUUGAGGAGCAGCUCUAUACAUGCAAUCAGGACGGACGUAUUCUUUCUUACAGAGCCGACACAGACUUCAGUUGCAACCAGAUAAUGCGUAUCAGUAGAAACGAGAGGAAAAUCAAGGGUGUAGAACAGCAGCCCGAACAGUGCGGCGUCCACGACAUUUCCAUCACCAGAAACCCAGGAGCACUCGUAUUGUGCAAGCAUCCGGGGCUGCCAAUGAUCUACUUCGUCGGAUCUGAUGAGGGUUGUGUUCACCGAUGUUCGACAACUUAUUUGCAGCAACACAUCGAUAGUUUUCGAGCACACAACGGUCCAAUUUAUGCUAUAGAAUUUUCGCCAUUUUGUUCAAAAAUUUUUCUAACUUGUGGGGCAGACUGGUGCACGAGAAUAUGGGCUGAUGGGAUAAACGAACCUUUGAUCACGUUAUCGACCCAAAUGGCCUGCGUUCAGAAGGCGGCUUGGAGUCCGAAGAUUUCUACGGUCGUAGCGACGAUUGUCAAUAAUCAAAUAGACAUCUGGGAUAUCAGAAGGAAAUCUUAUACCCCAGCCUCGAGCACAAUUUGCGAUACUCAAGGACGACUUUUGCUUCUAGAGUUUACUGCCAACGGAAAUCAGCUCGUUGCCGGUGAUAGUCUAGGUACCAUAUUCAUUUACAACCUCGAAGGAAUGCCCUUUCCGCCAUAUGAUCAAACCGGAGUUCUCGUCACGUUUAUACUUAAGGCACUUGAAACGAAGCCCAACUUAAUCAGGAAACUAAAAAAACUAGGAAAACCGUUCUAGCACGAUGGAUCGAUGGAUAUUUAUCUAAAUGAGUACAUUACUGUCCGAUUGGAUCAAUUACA